GCUCAUCACAUGCAAGCACACUUUUUACUCUACAAACAGCCUUACUUCAGACUCACUUCUGCAGGAACAACAUGGGAGCCCUGACAACUUGCAACAUGGCCCAACACAACGUUAAGUGAGGUAUUGCGGUGUAUGUAUUUCUAGGUGCACAAAUGAUGGUGAGGACUGUACUUCUGCGGCUGGCCUUGCGCUGCUAAUAUGGGCGUGGAGCUGCUGUCAGCGCCUGAACACACAGCGGACGGAAACAGACGAGUGUCUAAAAGCACGCGCGCAGGACUCGCGACAGUCGGGGAGACUCUGAGCGGAGUUAAUUUAUAGAAACAGGACUCAGCGAGAGUGUUUGCGGUGGAUGCUUGAGGUUUCCCCACGCGUUUAGCCCGCAGGCUCUUUAAAGCUGAACUACUAUAUCUUCUGAAGUUCUUCCUGAUGUGGCAGAGGUGAGAAUUGAGCAUCAUGUUGGAGCCUCCAGAGCCAACCCAGGAGAUCGUGGAGUGGUUGUCCACCCUCCGCCUGUCCCAGUAUACCCUGUGUUUCCGACAAGGAGGCUAUCAAGUUCUGGAAGACUGCAAGGAUCUCACAGAUGAGCGGCUUCUUGAGCUUCAAGUGUUUCCAACAGGCCAUCGUAGGCGCAUCCUCCGGAGUUUGGAAGCGCUUGGGGUGAAGCAGCAGAGUGGUGGAGAGGAAGAUUAUGAGGAAGAGGGAGGGAUAGAGAACGGGAGGCGCCAAAGGACGCCAGUGCCUCAUCCGAGACAUAUCUUUCUGAAAGAUAAAAAGAGGGGGACUUCAUGUAAUCACAGUCAGCCAAAGGAGAAGAGGGAGUAUGAUUUGGUGGGGAGCCAGACUUUGCCUCCAGGAGCAGGACUGGGGAGAGACAUUGAGGAUGUAACAGAGAAUAGAUACCUCCGCCCGCCUCAACCAGCCCCACGCAAUCCCAAGAACAUCCAGUCAUCCAUGUCUGAACUAACCUGCAUCCCUGCCCCCGUGUCCUCCUGCUGCAGCAGCAGCAGCAGCAGCAGCACUGAGUCUCUCUCCCCUUCUGAAAUGCCCUCAGACUGGGAGAUUACCACAGAGGAAGUCCCCCAUUCAGCGCUUACUGAAGACCAUGGGGGGUUUUGUGGUGAAAUGGUGGAAAACUCCAUCUAUGAAACACAGCCCAACUUGAAAGUUUCUGCAGGACCACGGUUCACUCGCUCCUACCGGCUGAGGCACCGUCCUGUCCCUGAAAUCCCGAUUCUGCCCGUGUUGCCACUUCAUGACAGGAGCACACCACCACCGCAAACAACCAGCCCUGAACACCUAACCGGCUCCGAGGGUCCCGCCGGUGCAAACAGCAUACAGAAAGCUUCACUUCAAAGAACCUUGAUGCCCAUUGCUCCCUACGGAGAAACGUUCCUGUACAACAGCCCUGAAAACACGCCGGACCAUGGCGCCAAAGAAGGGUUACAGAAGGGUUUUAAGGACAAGCUAAUCCCGACGAAACAGAGAAAAAUGACGCCCAAACAGAAAGAGUCCACGGAAAAAGGGUCUCCUCCAGCUAUCCCAGACCGCUUCAAAGACGAAUACUCAACAGUGGAGGAGUGUGUUGGUAUUUUGCCGCAAGCCGGUUUGGACCCAAGUUUUGCAGUGACCCCUGAGGCUGCCUCUGGCCCUAAGGAUGGGUCUUUAAUCAUGGUGGAGUGUGACCUCUACUCGGAGCCUGCAGACACUCUGGGGGGGGCAACCAGAAACGCACAACCUGAUAUUUCUCCGUACGCAUGCUUCUAUGGAGUCCCCAAACUCCAGACGCUCAAAGUGGGCUGGCUGGACAAACUGUCACCUCAAGGAAAUUGUGUUUUUCAAAGGAGGUGGGUGAGAUUUGACGGUGAGAGUCUGGCCUACUACAACAAUGACAAGGAGAUGUACUCCAAAGGUAUGAUCCUGGCCAGUGCUGUCAGACAGGUGCGAGGACUGGGUGACAACAGGUUUGAGGUAGUCACCUCCCUUCGGACCUUCAUAUUCCGGGCAGAAAGAGAAGGGGAGCGUCAGGAGUGGAUGGAAACUCUUCAGACGGCCACGCGCCCCCCCGCCUGCGGCUCCCAGAAACGCUCCGACAUCCUCCCCUCCUCCACAAACAAGCGAGGCUUGCUGGAGCUCCGCGGUUACAAAGGCAGAGUGCUGGUGUCCCUGGUGGGGAGUAAAGUCAGACUCUGCAAAACAGAACAGGACUAUAGAGCGGGUCUGGCUAUUGCUGAAGUGGAACUGACUGCUGCCAAUAUUAGAGACAUGGACCGCCGGGGCUUUGAAAUAAACACACCCUUCAAGAACUUCUGCUUCACGGCCGAGUCAGAACGGGAGAAGGAAGAGUGGAUUGAAGCAGUCCAAGAAUCGAUCGCUGAGACACUCUCUGACUAUGAAGUGGCAGAGAAGAUCUGGUUCAACAAGGCCAACAGGAGCUGUGCCGACUGCCGUGCCCCACAGCCGGAGUGGGCGUCUGUGAAUCUGGGCGUGGUCGUCUGUAAGAAGUGUGCAGGGCAGCACCGUUCUCUUGGCCCAAGCAUUUCAAAAGUGCGGAGCUUGAAGUUGGACAGCAGUAUCUGGAGCAAUGCGCUAGUGGAGCUCUUCUUGGAGGUGGGGAACAAGAAUGCCAACAGUUUUUGGGCUGCUAAUCUUCCCUUGGAGGAAGAGCUCUACAGUGGGGCUUCAGCAGAGCAGCGUGCCACUUUCAUCCGCAGGAAGUACAGGGAAAGGAAGUACCGGAGGAUCCUGGAGGGCUUUCAUAACCGGGAGCAGCUCAACCAGGCACUGUGUGCAGCUGUGGUGUUGCCUGACUUGCUGCAGACUAUGGCGCUGGUGUUCAGUGGGGCAGAUGUUAUGUGCGCCACCAGGGAUCCAACCUUCUCCACCCCGUAUCUCUUGGCCCAACGUGCUGGACAAAGGCUACAAAUGGAGUUCCUGCACCAGAACAAACUUUCCGAUUUCCCCAGAAUCGAGCAGUGUUCGGAGAACACCUCCCUGUCUGAUGCUUCCCUCUUCAUGGAUGGCUUCCUCUACAUCUCCUCUGGCCCAGCCAAGACGACGCUGGACCGCCGUGGAAGAGAUGACAUGGCACGCCGUUGGUGCACGUUGGAGGGCGGCUUCCUAAGUUACUAUGAGAGCGAGCGAAGCCCGUCGGCCAUCGGCAGGGUGGAUGUCACCGAGGUGGUUAGCCUGGCUGUCAGCACUAGAGAGACAAUGACUGGAGCUGGGGCUGUGUUUUCUGUAGAGCUGUACCUGCAGACAGAGCGAGUACUGAUUGUCGGAGCUGAAACACAGGAAACACAGCAUGACUGGAUCCAGGCGCUAACAAAGUGCUUCGUCCCGUCUAAAGUCGAGGGAUUGGUGCAGAAAGACAGUGAGCUGAUUGGCAGACUGCAUUACAAAGAAGGCCAUGACCUGUACCACUGGAGGAUGGGCUGGUUUAUGCUGGAAGGCUCUGCCCUGCACUUUAGCUCAGGAGAGGAGGGUGAAGAGGAGGAAGUGCUUCAACUCAAACAGUUACAGGAGCUCACUGUCUCCACACAUACGGAGGGUGAGGACAAGAUCCAAGUCCUGCUGAUGGUGGAGGGCAGAAGAACAGUUUACAUCCAUGGCUUCAACAAGAUGGACUUUGCACUGUGGCACUCCUCCAUCACGUUGGCUGCUGGCACAGAUGGCAAGGCGCUCAGCGACCAACAGCUGACUAAAAAUGGUGUCCCUAUUAUUGUCGACAGUUGCAUCGCUUUUGUCACUCAGUAUGGUUUGUGCCAGGAGGGGGUCUACCAGAGGCCGGGCGACCCUGGUCGAGUGGCCCACCUCCUGGAUGAUUUCACCCGGGAUGCCCGUAAUGUGAAGCUGAGGGAGAAGGAGCACCAUCUGGGGGAUGUGACGGACACCCUGAAAAGAUUCUUAUCCCAAGCAGAGGAUGCACUGUUGACCAAGGAGCUCUAUCCAUACUGGGUGUCAGUUUUGGAUGAGAGGGACGAGAGGCAGAGAGUAAAGAAGUACUCCACUUUCAUUGAGAGUUUGCCAAAGAUAAACAGGUCAACUCUUGAUGCUCUGCUUCAACAUCUGUACAGGAUUCAGCAGUGCUCCCACCUCAACCACAUGCCGAGUGAAAAACUGGCCUCUGUCUUCUCCUCCUGCUUGUUCCAGACUCGGGGACAAAACCCACAGGAAGCUAGCGUUGUCAACGACCUCAUCAGCAACUACAUUACACUCUUCAGUGUCAGCGAAGACCGGCUGCAACAGAUGGAGAGAGAGAAUAGUUUCAUCACACGCUGGAACGACAAGAAGGACGCCACAUUCUCUCCAGCUGGGGAUUUGAUCUUCGAAGUGUACCUGAUAAAGAGACAACCAGAGAACUGCUGUUUAAUAAAGGUCUCUCCCAGUAUGCGGCCCACGGAACUUGCAGAAACUGCGCUGAGCAUGAGGAACAUCGCUUUUAACGCUGAUGACUUCUGGACCACCUUUGAAGUCAUUGAGAAUGGAGAGUUAGAGCGACCGUUGCACCACAGCGAAAAAAUUCUUGAGCAGGUGCUGGAAUGGAGUACCUUGGACUGUCCCAGCUCUGCUUUUCUUGUCAUAAAGAAGUUUUCAGGGGCCAAAAGAGUUGCUGAUGGGAAAGAGCAAAGGCCGAUCAUAAAAGGCGACUAUCUGAAGUUCAACGAUGGAUCCUCCAAACUGCUGUCAGGCCACAAAUUCCAGGAUAAAUAUGUUGUACUACGUGCAGAGAAGCUGCUGCUCUACAGAGAUAUCAAAGGCACUAAAGCAGAGAAAGUGAUUCAGCUCAAGUCUGUGAAAUGUUACCUGGGCCUGAAGAAAAAGCUCAAACCUCCAACUGACUGGGGCUUCACAGUCUACACUGAUAAACAACAAUGGCAUUUCUGCUGCGAGAAGAGGGAGGCGCAGGUCGGCUGGGUGACGGACAUCAUCAGGAUGAAGUACGGCUCUGACCUCUGUUCAAUGAACGUUAACUCAAAAGAAGGUGCAGAUCUCAAGUCCCCCAGAGGGGGAGCUGUGCCCGAAGGCUGGAAGAUGCCAACACACAAUCACAAUUCCGACAGACAGCUGACAGACAGGAGGAUUUCUCUUGAUGAUGGCAACCCAAGGCUCACCAAGGAUUCCACUCUCAAGAUGAACACCAUGCUCAAGGCCCCAGAAGUCCCGCACAGACGACCCUCUGUGGAUGUUUGCCUGCCUCAGCGCCUCCCUUCCCCGUCCCCAUCCAGACACUCGCAGCCCAUGGCUUUGCCCCUUCCUCCUCAGAGUGGCUUUAAAACCAUCGGCAGGAGACCUGUUCUGGGUGGGGAGGCCUUGAUUCCGCCUAAUCUGCUGAAUGAACUCAACUCGGUGCUGAGCAAGACUGGCCGCACUGCUAAGAGCAAUGACUGACAGGAAGCGGUAAGACAAACAUUACAGCUCUGAGUAGAGAAAGAAAGAUGUGGAGAUUGACAGAGAACAACCACACAAAAAAACAGAUGGAGCCAAAGUAAGUUGCUUUCAUGCGAGGAGCCUAAAGACUGUUUUUAAACUCGGAUAUAUCAAGAGAUGCCGAUGCACAAGGGGUAGAAGAUGGAAGAUGUGGAAAACAGGUGCAGGAGACACUGGAGGUCAUGCAGGCCUCAGCUGGACAUGGCACUGACCCAAGCACUACUAAAAUGUGAUUUAUAUGCUGCUCUUCUAAACCCACAGAAUUCUAUGAAAAUAUGUUUGGCUGUCAAACCUCAGACGUUUCCAGAAAUACCCCAAACUGCUUACUUCAUGCUUUUAAGUUUCCAGUUACUUUAAAAAAAGGCUGUUUUGACUACUUGUGAAAAGUGCUGUGAUUAUAUUAAUCCUUAUACAGUUAAGUUCAUCUUUAGUUAAACUUUAGUUAAAAUAAAAUUCACUAGCAGAUUUGCCCGCAUUCACUUUGUACUGUAGUUGCACUUAUUAAAUAGCAUUUUUAAUUAUUAGUGGCAGGGUCCGCCAUCUCAGCACAGAAUUAAAAUACUCAUAGUUAUGUUCAGGAAUGCAAAGAAAAUGAUGCAUGCAUAUAAAAUGCAAAAGAAAAGAGCAGGAUAGGGCCACUAACCAUUAACGAUGGCUAAUAGACCUCCGUUUUCCUUGACACGAGUGGUAGGCAAUCUCGUGUAAUUAUUUAUUUGUGCUUAUUUUUUUUAUAUAUUUUUUAUCAGUUACCCACCAUUUUUUUUCACUGUAACCAUUAACUGUAUGGCUAACUAGCAGCAUUUUUAAGCAUAUGAUUCUGUGGUGCACCACUGUAAACUGCCACCAAAUGUGAUUUUAAUGUACAGUAUAAGUAUAUUAAUAAAUAUUGCAAAAGGCUUUAACACGCCAUAGUACUGACAGUUUAAUCUUUCCUGAUAUGUAAAUUGCAUUUGUCCCACAUUUUAGUGCAAGUUGCACCUUUUUGUUUUGUUUUCUUAAAAAAAACAAAAAAGAUUUUAUGUUAAACCCAAGCCAAAUUUAGCUUAAACCCCUUCAUGUUAGUUUGUUUUUGCAUGCUCAUUGGUAAAAACACACCGCAAAAUAUAAAAUUUUGUUGCCCUGUAAGAGCGCACGCAAUAAAGUCUUUUAAAAGCUU